AUCCGCGUAAGUGUUGCGGGGUGGCGGAGUGCGAGGGAUGGAGCCGAGACGAGGAGAGACGAGGGAGAGACGCGAAUGGAAGGGAAUCCGGAAGGAAGCAGGAGGAGAGCCCAGUUCCCCCGUUGCUGUGUCGCAGCAGAUCUUUGCCGCGAUUGUCCGUGCACGACAGCGGCGUCGCGUGCAGCGGCAACGAGCAAUCGCCUCCUGCCGCCGGCCAUCCCCACAAUUCCAAACAACAAUUGGCGGCCGAUCUCAGGCAACUGCACACGUUGAAGCAACAUUAUUAUCCGGAGGGUGGAUGGGGAUGGGUGGUGCUGCUCGUAGGGAUGUUGGUACAGAUGCUGUCCCACGGUGUGCACGGAUCCAGCGGGAUCUUGUUGCGGCAGGUGGCUGACAAGUUUGGGCAACGCGUUUACUUGGAGACAGAUACAUCGCGCGAUGCACCAUAAGGCAGCAUUACUACCCUGAGAGUGGUUGGGGUUGGGUGGUCGUAGUAACCGGCGUUAUGGUGCAAAUUCUUGCCGCGGGGAUUCACGGGGCUGUUGGAGUGUGGUUGCUGUUGGAAGGAACGAAACGAUAUCGUCAAUCCCCUGUUAACGUAGGAUGGCUAGGAGCAAUGUCGACAGGAGUGGCUCUACUAGUUUCACCGGUAACAAUAGCGUUUUGUCGGAGAAAAAGUACAAGACUCACCGCGGUUUUGGGUGGCCUCGUUACAGCUCUCGGCUGCCUUUUCACUUCUUUCGCCUCGCAGUUCCACCAAUUGUUCAUCAGCUAUGGCACCGUUGUCGGUAUAGGAGUCGGCAUGACCAGGGAUUGUAGCACUUUAAUGGUGGCGCAAUAUUUUAAGAGGAGGCGAGAACUGGUCGAGAUUUUUAUCGUGUCCGGAAGUGGCCUUGGUAUCGCUGUUAUGUCGGCUUUCAUUAAGGGAAUGAUUAGCAAGAUUGGGUGGCGCUUAGGCCUUCAAGCAGUGACCGGCGUGGUUUUCCUCACGUUCAUCUUAGGCACCUUUUAUCGAAGCGCAUCCCUGUACCAUCCGCAACGUAGAGCUAUUCUACAUCUGAAAAACCAAAAGCGUAAGAUUAAGGAUAAGAACAAGACGGACGAUGGUCCACCGUUCUUCGACUUCAGUACGCUGAAGAGCAAAACAGUGAGAAUACUGCUCGUGUCCACUGGGAUAUCUGCCUUCGGGAUCAACACCCCGAUAUUUUACCUGGCGCACCAAGCCGAAGAAGAAGGCCUUGGGGACACGGUGAUCCUGCUUCAGGCUUAUCUCGGUCUGGCCUGGACCCUCGGCUGUGUCGCCUUUGGCCUUUUGGUCGUGCAUCGCAGCGUCGAAUGCAGGAUAGCGCGUCAGUAUCUCACGCAAGCGGCGAUAUUUGUAUGCGGAUUGUGCAUUCUGGCUCUCACCGCCGUUCAAGGAAAUUAUCACGGAUAUGUGUUGUUCGCCUGGAUAUACGGCAUCUUCUGCGGCGGCUACCAUUACAGCCUGAAAAUGUACACCUACGAGAGAGUGAGAGCGAGGAAUUUCGCGAGAACGUGGGGUUUCGUUCAAUGUUCCCAAGCCAUACCAAUAGCGAUUGGAGUUCCAAUUUCAGGAUACAUGAACAUCAGUUGCGGUGGGAAAGCUGGUUACUACUUCAGCUCGACCUGCGUACUGGUGGGCAGCUUCACCCUCUUCUUCAUAGAUCUUCACAGAAGAAACUUGUCGAGGCACAAACACGUGAGGUCUAACGGGACCAAGCACCUCUGCGUCUCGGACACUUGUCCGCAACGGAGGAAGUUGUCGUUCAGCCAGGAACCGGACAACGAUGGCCCGCACGUGGCUGCUGCCGGGGCUGCUGCAGCCGCCCUCGUGCUUGGUGCCGAGAUUGCGCCGAAUCAAGGCGAAUACGUCGACGGUCUUGCCCCAGAGAAACCCGAGUUAACGUGCAUCUCUGAGGAGGGAAUCGCAGACAUGGACCUUCCCGACAACAUGCUCGAGGACCUCGAUUACAUCGGGGAUUGUAUAACCUCGUGCAACAAGGUCGAGAACUAUCUGAUGCUGUCCGAGUUCGAGAACAAUCUGAUAGCUGAAAUACCGAUCAUCACGGAUCGCCGAGGUCGAAGGUGGUCCCUGGCCCGUUCGAAAGGUGGCCAAUCGAACCUCGAUCGUCCCUCAGCACCACAACCUCAAAACGAGGAGCCCGAAGCUAAGCCUAAAUGGCACGCGGCUCCUAAUGUGCCUCCUAAUAACAGGGUGAUCACCGUGAUCGACGAGGCAAGCACGUAGCUUGAUCGCGAGAUCAAGAGAUCGAACAAUCUGUGCGUUGAAUGGAUAUUUUAAAUCAAUCUUUCUUUCUUUCUUUUUCUUUUUUUUUUUUUUUUUCUUAAAGCUAUAUUAUACAAUUUUAUACGCAAGAAGCGUAGAAGAAGCAAAGUUUUUACGUAAUUUCUUACGUAAAUGAAAUACGAGUGCGAAGAAAUUGGAAAAAUAUUUUUACGAAUUUUAUACAUGGAUCGAAUUUUCGAACGGUUAAGCGGAAUAGUACAAAAUGGAUGGAAAAUGAAUGGAUGAAAAUCAUGAAUUAGGGAAGAAAGAGUUGUUAUAUUGAGAGGCUGAUCUCUUUUUUUUUUUGUCUCGUUUGUUGGCUCUUUGAUUUAAGAUAAUUGUUAAGAGAUCGUUGUUGACGAUAAGUAUAACAGCGAACACGGUGGCGCCGUUAAUCUGGCUCCCAUAGAGGCGUAAGAGAGUCCAGUAUUGGGUCACUUAAUUCGCGGUGCAAUUAAGGACAAUAACGUCGGCUUUCGACGAGAGGAACCACGGAAACGUUCCGUCCACAUGGAGAUAACCUCGACUCGCGUCGACGUCUUUGUUUAAGCUUCGUGCUAGUUCACUGCCACGCGUAGAUUCACGAAUCGGACGAUCUUUCGAUUAUCACGCGAACUCGUAAUCCAAUAUUUCUUUUCAAAAUAAAAAUUUUCCUUUUUUUUUUAAAUGUAAUCCAAUAUUACGAUUAUAAAUCAUGAAAUUGUUUUAUUAAUUUCGAAAUUGAAAUGUAUAGUAAGGAAAAAUGGAACGAAGAUCGUCCGAUUCACGUCGAUGUAAAAGUCAUGAUCUAGAGCCUUUAUCGAAGGAACCGCUUUAUUACGUAGGCACUGCUAGCUAAAGAUACUGAAACUAGUCCGAAUCGAAAUUCGUAUUGCAGCGAUAAAUGGUAUAUAGUAUAACGAUACUAUGGAAAUAUUAGCACACGAGAAUAAUUUAUCCUUGUAUCGUCGUUCGAGGCAUUUCGAGACGAAUGUUAUUCUCUUUCGAUGAUUCGAGCGCGGCCGGUACAAAAAAAAAAA